CGUUACGAGUAGCCGUAGCAGAAGCAGUAGCAGUUACGGUAUUUUGUAUUUUCAGCCCAAUGGAUAGACUUAUUGUUCUGUGACAUAGAUUUAACUUUUUACGGGAAGCCAACAUCAAAUGAUUUAGUAACGUGUAAUAAAAAAAAUUCGCAAAUCUCAUUUUGUCGAUUUGUUGGGCUGACAAGACUUAGCUCAGGAUAAGCUAAUAUUGAUUGAUCGAACCGGUCUUCAGCUGAAGUGAUUUCUGAUUUUGAAAUGACCUGUAGAUGCUCGAGGUAAGCCUACAUAUAAAUACUUACAGUUUCUUUGUAUAAUUUCUUAUAUAACUUAUAUAACUCUGAUGAGGUGUAUCAGCUAGCCGAGAGCUUUACCGGCCGGUCUGCAAUGUCUUUUAUUUAUUUAUAUCAUUCAAUAAUUUUUUUUGUUGGCUUUUUUCUCGAAGGCUAAGGUAUGAGGGAUGGCUUUGGCUGAUAGUUUUUAACGAGGCUUCGAUUAUUUUGGCUAUCAAAAACACCGAAUCUAAAGAGGUCAUUAUCCCAAUCAGACGAAAACAUUCUAUUUUUUGUGUACUGCUAGGUUAAGUUUUCCUUAGUAUAAGGUAGCAGCAUGAUUUGUAGUGAUAUUUGGCAUGAGUACCAGGUCAGGAGUGAUAUUUGGAAAUUGUUAUACGUAAAAAAAAUUUGAGACAAUUUUUGAAAUAUCAUAAGCGGUAUUUAUGCCAAAUAUCACGAACAAAUCAUGCUAUUAUUUGUUUUUACUACUACCUGCACACGGUUUGUAAUCUUCACAUGUAAGGUAUUUCAAAUUAAGCUGAAAUACCACUUCUCUAAGCCAUUCAAAUUGAAGAAAUUUCUCAUGUAGUAGCAUAAAUGAAGCUUACAUGAAAAAGUGAAAAAAGAGAGCAUUUUUGCUGUUACAACAGUGUUAUUUAUUUGUAAUUCUUAUCCGGAUCAUGUCUCUUAUAGGGGGUGUUGACUGAUGUAACAGCUGACAUCUUGGUCAACUGUUGGUCGACAUAAUAUUAUUGGUUGUUAUAUCAGUGGAGCAUUGGUCGAGUAUUGGUUGAGUCUCAGUCACAUCUUGAACAGGACUCAACCAAUAAUUGUUAGCCAUUAAAGUGUUUCGGUUGACUGUCAGACGAUAGUCGGUCGUUACUUCGCUGACAGAUAACCGACAUAUCACCAACCCUUAAUCAAUGUUACAGCCGAUACCUCGAUCAACUGCCGUAGGACAUUGACUGACUCUUAACUGACUCUCGACCACCACUUGACCAAUAGCAAUAAUGAUAUGUCAACCGACAGAUGACCGAGAUGUUGGUCGAUAUGUGAAAAUUGCCUGUGAUUUGGUACAUGUAACUGAUCAAUCAGGUAUCAGCGCCUUGAGGAUGAGGUUAGAAAAAAAAUUUGCUCAGGUGAUGAAGAUUGUCAACCAUAUGUUACACCUCCGAUACCUUAUGGGUACUCGACUGAUGGCUUACUGAUACGUCCAUUGCUGACACACUACCAAUGCUAUCGACACUCAAUCAACACUUUGUUUGACACUUCUGACCUAUAUGUAUAGUGACCAAUAUGUACACUGACAGUUGACCAAGAUAUUGGCCUAUACAUCAGUUGACACCUCCUUUAUGACACAUGAUCGGUGAUGUUUAUGUUACAGGUCAAAAAUAUUAAUCAGACGUAAUAAUUUAUUAAUUUUGACCUGUAACAUUUACAUUUGCGAUUAACCUGCAGUCAUUAAAAAAAUUAAAAUACAUGAAGUCAUGAUUACCCUUGGGAAUCAUAUGAGUAGUAAUGUAUUUGGUGUUAUAUUUAUACCUUUUUUUAACAUUUUUAGUGGUUAUUUUACUGUUUUACUCAAUUUGGUGGCAGAAUUCCUUCUGUUUGAAUUUUGGUAAAUAUCUUAAAACAGCUCCUUUAACAUGAUUACCGUUGAUCUUGACAUCAGUCUGAUAUGUCGACCAUCUCCACCCCCCUAACCCCCCUAACCUGUGGGGGUGUAGGGGAGGGAGACUAAGGCUAUAGUCACACCAAUCUGGAUAGCUCUUGGGCCGACAGUGCAACAGUUGCAACAAAGUUCACCAAAAGUUUCAAAUUAUGAAAAACAAAUGUAGUUCUAUUUUUGAUUGACCAAUGGGCUUCUAACAGAUAUUAUAUGCAGUAGGAAAGCAUUAGUUUGACUUAUGAUUGAAAUUAAUAUUAUUAUUUUGCAGGUUUAUGAAUCCUCCAGCAAAGAAGAAUGAAGCCUACCAGCCUACAGUUAUAGAGCAAACAGCAAAUAUUAUCACCCAUGGGGUAAAAACUAUAUACAGUAGCCUGCUGCUUACAACCUAUUAAUUUUUGGCCAUUGCUAAGAUCCCUAACAUUAAAAAAUAUUUUAUUUGCCAUAGUAAGGCCUGGUUCAAGUACCAAACUAUUCAUGAGCCAACCUACAGUUAAUACAUUGAAUUAAGUAACUUAAAGUUUGGUGUCUGAAUCUUAUCAGGAACACCUAUUUCAAUCUGGAACAGCUCAAGCGUUCUUCUCAUCAAGCCCAUCCAGGAAUUUCAACUUUGGAGGGAUUUUGGAAUGGCUUUGAUUCAGACGCCAAACUUUUCAUAUGCCAGUCCUAAUGCAUAAAUUGGUUUAAAGUACUUUGCAACUAGUUCGACUGAAAUGACCAUUUUUCUCCUUUUAAAUUUAGUUUGGCUGGAAUUAAGAUCGGCAUCUGAAUCAAUUCAGCUGGACUAAAUAAUUUGGGUUGGCCUUAAUUCAAAUUAGAUUCCGCUCUUGAAAAGUUUGGCAUCUUAACCGGGCCCAACUACUUUCUUAUCUGUGUUGCAGAUGUUUGUUUUCCCAGCUGUAUAUGCAGUUUUACGUCUUCACCAAAACUCUAAAAAGCUUUCAACAACUCACCGAUUUAUUGCUGAACUUUACGGGGUCUCCUUCAUCCUUGUGUUCUUGAUAUCCACCUUAUUUCACAUAGUUUGCCUCACAGGAAAAGCCAGGUAUGACUUCAAUAUUAUAUGACUUAGCUUUUGUCACAGAUGUUAAUUAUCUAACCUUUGCCAGUAACAUCUGCAAAACAGCAUCUCAAGAUCAACAAAUUACCGAAAGUGUUUUUCAAAUUUCCCCUCAGCCCGACUGGCAAAUCGAUCCAUGGCUUUUUAACAUGAAAAGUAUGGCACAUUAUCAAAUCCUGGUACACAGAUCAGGGCCCAGAACAAGGAUUUCAGCGCUGGCUUACAGACAGACUUAACGUUUAGUUUUGAGUGUAACACAGGCUAUAUAUAACUUGUCAGGGCUUCUAACAUUAUGCAAUUGAGUUUUACACAGUUUAAUUAUCUCCAGUUGUAUCCAAUCGCAAAAUCCAUAUCUGAAAUUUCUAAUGUUGGUGUGAAUCAAAUGAGCAAACAUUUUAUGUGAAAUCAUUACUCUAGGAAUUGCUGUCUUAAUUUCCUGCUAAAGGACCUUUUUUGAGUUGCAUUUAUUUUCAGAACAGAUUAUGGUGAGACGAUUUGUCAGUGUAACUUUUAAAUCUCAGGACAAAAUCCUUCGGUGUUACCAUUCAAAUGGAACAGCUUGUGCAGAACUUUUGCACAGUUUUAUUGGUCAGGAUUUUAUGAACGUUUUAGGAUUUUAAGUGAUUUUUUUUAUUUUGCCCACUGUUAUGGUUAAGUGACUUCCUGGAAGUUUCACUAACUUCCCAGUGGUUUUUGCACCCUAUCAGAAAGAUUGAAUUUUGGUCGAAUCUUGAGGGUCAAUAUACCUUAACUCCAUAAUAGUUGCAUGAUUUUAAAUUUUACUCUUUUUAAAUAUUUUUUCUCUUGUUCAGUUCCCUCAGGUAUUUCCUCCAUCUGAGUGAUCGCUGUAUUAUUUAUUUUUUCAUUGCUGCGUCAUAUAUGCCUUGGUAUGUUUCCAAGAUUUAUUGUUGCAUCAUUCAGGACAUUUCUCUCACUUCAUGACUGUUAUUACACAUAAUAGCCCAAUAAUUAGUCAGUCAUAUGCUGGGCAACCUAUAAAUAAUCAGCGACAAAAUGAAUUACAACACUUUGCCCUAAACAGGGCUUUUUUACCUUUUACUGACCUCAGAAGGGGGAAAUAUAGCUUUUCCUCCCCCAUCCAAUGUUGUGCCGCUGAUUGAGCUACCUAUUGAAAACAACAAACUACCCGAACUUUGAAUGGAGGCGACAGGGGAGGGGUGUGGAUUCUUUUGCUCUCUGAAGUUACCCUAUUUGAUACAUUGUCUCAACAAUUUUGUCACCAAUUAUUGUAGCCUUUGUGUGGAAGUGAGCCUGAUGAUGUCUUUUUUUGAUAGAAAACUGCAUACCAUUUAUAUAAAAUAAAUUUAAAUAAAUAACUAUUUUGAGGUAGCACGUUCACUUAGUGGUUCUUCUUCAGGUUUUUGAGUAAGGGAGAGAGCCAACAACAACACCAGUACUUGAACCUGGGGCCACUUUGGUGGGAGGUGCGUGCUCUUACCACGUGCACCAGUCCCUUGCUCCCUGAUUCAUAUGCACAAGAGCAUUAGAUUAAUCAAUAGGAAUGUGUCUACAGGUUGGUGUUGAAAGAUGUUGGUAGAAUAGGAGAUUUUGUAGCUUGGCUGUUGUGGAUUCUGGCGGUUACUGGCACUAUUUAUUCCUACAUGUUUCAUGAAAGGUAUUUAUAACAAGCAUAAUACAACAGCACUUGCUGAGCCAAUGUGCUUGGUGGAUUUCCUUCCUUGUUUAUAUUUAGCUGUUGUGUUAGUUUCUCACUUGUGAGUGAUGCAAAAUUUUCGCACCAGUUUCACACUGGCUGCUCCGCCACGAAAAUUUUCCUGGAAAUCGUACAAGUGAGCCUGCUGGCAGUCUAGGCCAGACUAGUCAUCUUGCAAAUGAAAUAUGGCUUUUUGCGACAGUCUUUGCCAUCCUUAGUAUUUGGAAAUUAGACUGAUCUGGUGGGACAGUUUGCAUUAAUGGUGAAAUUCAGCCAGUUCUGACUUUAAAUGGUAAGCUCCCUCAGAGAGCAGAGGAAAAGUUAAUAGGGCUGGGGCGUGGGUACGGUGGGUGGGGGCAGACAAAGUGGAAGAACAAUAUUAGUACAGGGAGGUGUAUUUUUCCUCAUCAUUUCCUCUGCCUUUUCUUUUUGUUUGUUAGCAACCCCCUCAUCUUCCCAAUCUUUUUUUGCUUUUGUAACCCACGAUGGUAGUUAACAUUUUGAGCAGAAAUAAUUUGAGCUUUCACUCUGUUUAUAUUUGUGUAUCUAAUCUAGAUCACAGGUGUUGAUAACUGAAUUUGAACGUUAUUUGAAAAUGGGCAAAAGUUUCAACAGACAGACUGCAGUCGUAAUGCAUAGGAAAACUUAAGAAAAUGUAAGAAAAUUACCGGUUUGAUGAGAUAUAUGAUCCCAAAAUUGCAUCGAAAUGAGACUCGUAGCUCCUGUGACCAGAGGUUAUUUUUUUCUCUUGGCGCUUUGCGCCUUGUUGACGCGGCUUCGACGCGAAUCAUCAGUAUCGAUAAGAAAAAAAUAUCCUCAGGAACCCAGCCACGAUGUUUUAUUACCUGAAGAGGACACCAAGAGUUAAUAUGACAAUUAAUUGUUUAAAAAAAAACUUAUCGAUGGGUAUUGAUUGGAUUGAUUUUUAUUAUAGGUAUAAAACUGUAGCAACAAUCCUGUACUUAAUAGUUGGAAUAUGCCCGUCUCUUCCACUUGUUUUUGCAUCUGUAAGUAUGUUAUAUGUUACUUUCCCUUACUUCUGUUUUUCCCAUUGCCACACGAGAAGUUAGAUCACCCUCCACCUAAGCCAAUCUAAGUGCGUGAAAUGAUAGUUUAAAAUGUCGCCGUAAUGAAAUCACAAUGGGUGAAAAAAUAUAUAUAUAAUAAAGAAUAGAUUACUUGUCUUGAUAACGUAUGUUAGUCUUCUGGCUCCCAAAGCCGGGCGGAAACCGUUUUCAAGGAUCUGGACUUAAAUUACCUCUAGAGCGGAAAUCAUCGCUUUUGCAUUUCUGGCCGCGAAAAAAGAACAAACUUUUUAAUUCUUAUGUCUAUGUGGCUGACGAAACUAAAUCGAGGUUAAAUUGUAUUUACCAUGAAAACGUUUUCCCCCGUUUUCAAUUCGUCGAUAUGUAUAAAAUUUGUUUCUAAGAUAGUAUCACGUUAAUAACCUUGCAAACCUUCCAACUGGAAACACGCGACUUUUCCCCAAAAGGUGUUCCUGAGUAUCAGGCACGCCGCCAAUUUGACACGUGAUUUUCCUCUUUGAUGUCAAGUGACGUAUAUUGAUUUGACUCAUAACGACUCAUAGCACAAAAUGGCUACAAAUAAGAAGGAUGAAUGAAAAAGGAAGGAUGGUAUUGUGUAACCGGAUCGCCUAAAAACAAAAGCUGCAAAAACACAAGUUACACUUUGUGCAUGUUCAUGUAUCCGUGUCCGAAGAGGCACAACUGACAGCACAUUUUUAAUCAUUCAGUCAAUCAGUGUGUCUAAUACACAUCAUCUGAACUUUUCUACUUUACAGACGGAUAAAGCUGGUCUAGCCGAGGUGGGCCUGGGUGGAGUUUUCUACGUCAGUGGUGUGGCAUUUUUUAAGUUGGAUGGCCGUUUACCCUUUGCGCAUGCGAUCUGGCAUGUUUUCUGUGCAACCGGGGCGUGGUGCCAUUUCUAUGCAGUUUACACUCAUCUUUACUUAGAAAAGCACUAG